CCUUUGAAGGAUUUAAGCUGGGGUGGACAUGAUGAAAGCAUAGUUCUAAACAGUUUUACCUCUGAGAUUCUGGACAAUUAUAUUUGCCUCUUUUGAAGACUGUUUCCCCUUCUGUCUGACCAGACUAUGGAGGAGAAGCCCUUGUUAUUCAGAUUGACGUUCUUGCUUUUUCUUGUUUUUAUCCCCUCCUGUUCACCACCCCCAUGUCCUCCUUUGAAUCAUUUUAUUUUUCUCACACAACCCUUCCCAUCUUCUUUCCUUUUCUCCUCUCCCCACUAGUCCCCCACAAGAUCUCCGUGGUGCUGUUUAACAGGAACACUGCCCCUGUGGCCUCAGCGAAGCCCCUGGCAAUGAUGUGGGAGGAGGUAACAUGCUCUGUCUGCCUGGAUCCCUUCGUGGAGCCUGUGAUCAUUGAAUGUGGCCACAGUUUCUGCCGAAAAUGCAUCUCUGAGGUCGGGAAAGAUGGCGGCAGUAGUUGCCCUGUGUGCGGGCAGAAAUUCCUGCGCAGGAACAUCCGGCCUAACCUGCAGCUAGCCAGCUUGGUGGACACCCUUGGACAAAUGGACCAGAGCACCAUGAAGUGGGAUCAGUGUAGGGUGCAUGGAGAGAAACUUCACCUGUUCUGUAAGGAAGAUGGAAAAGCACUUUGCUGGGUGUGUGCCCAGUCACGGAAACACCGUGACCACUCCAGGAUCCCUAUUGAGGAAGCUGCACAUGAGGACCAGGAGAAGUUCCAGGUGGCAUUACAGAAGCUGAGAAGAGAGCAGGAGUUAGCUGAGAAGUUGGAAGUCGAUAUUGCUGAGAAGAGAGCAGCCUGGAAGGCAAGGGUUGAGACACAAAAAUCAAGGAUUCACGCAGAGUUUGUGCAGCAGAGAAACUUCCCGGCUGAAGAAGAAGAGAAGCAGCUGCAGAAACUUGAGAAGGAUGAGAGAGAUCAGCCCAGAAUCCUGGGGGAGACUGAGGCCCAUCUGGCCCAGAAAAGCCAGACCCUGCAGGAGCCGAUCUCAGAGCUGGAGAAGAGGAGUCGGGGCCCAGUACUGGAACUGCUUCAGGUCUCAAAUUCUCUUUCCCUCAGAAGUGAGGCCUGGAACCCGAAGGAACUAGGUGUUGUUUCCCCAGACCUGAGGAAUGACUUCCGUGUGCCAGGGCUGAAGAAGAUGCUGAGGACACACGGAGUACAUGUCACUCUGGAUCCAGACACAGCCAGUCCGUGGCUCAUCCUUUCUGAGGAUAAGAGACAAGUGAAGCUUGGAGACACCUCCCAGAACUUGCCUGAAAAUGAAGAGAGAUUUGAUAGUUAUCCCAUGGUCCUCGGUGCCCAGUGCUUCGACUCUGGAAAGCUUUACUGGGAGGUAGACGUGACCGGAAAGGAAGCCUGGGAUCUGGGAGUUUGUAGACACUCUGUCAAGAGGAAGGGACAAUUUAUGCUCAGCCCUGAGAAUGGCUUCUGGACAAUUUGGUUGCGGAACAAACAAAAAUAUGAGGCUGGCACUUCCCCCCAGACUUCCCUCGACCUUAAGGUUCCUCCUCGCCAAGUUGGGAUCUUCGUGGACUAUGAGAACCACACCGUCUCCUUCUACAACAUCACUGACCAUGGCUCCCUUAUCUACACUUUCUCUGAAUGUGCUUUUGUUGGGCCUCUGCGGCCCUUCUUCAAUACUGGUUUCAGUGACGGAGGAAGAAACGCGGCCCCUCUGACCCUGUGUCCACUGAAGCUGGGAUAGUAGGGGUCCACUAACCAUUGGUCUCUUCUGGACACUGCUGUCUGCUCCCUGUUGAUAUCCUUCCCAGUUACUGCCCCUGCCUCUUUCCAUUAACUGAGCCACCUCUGCCUCUGCAGAAGUGUCAGCAUCCCAGCAAGCAGGCCUUGACAGGGAAGUUACUGAAAGUCAAGGCCCAGUGGCUUUCAACAGCAAUAUUCCUGCCCUAGAUUGCAUAUGAUUCCCUCCAAGGAGGCCAACUACUUCUAUUUGGUCCAAAUUCAUCUGGAUCAACCAAAAACAUGUUUCCCCCUUGUUUAUGUGACUUAAAUUUUGUUUUCUUCUCUUCAUCCCUACAGCCAUUGCCUUUGGUCAGAUCUCUGUCCUAUCUUUCUUGCUUUACCAAAAGGCUUCCUGAGGGAAUUAUGCCUCAGUCUAUCCCAUUCAGAUCUCGUUUCUCAUCUACAUCUAGGAUUCUCUUUCCAACAGACAUGCACCUGAUCAUAAGUGGCUCCACAUUGCCUAUAGAAAAAUAGCCAUGGCUCAUUACCCAGAGAUUGUGUACCUUAUAAGGGAAGAUAUUAGAAAGAAUCCAUAGGUUCAGGCAUAUCGUUUCCCUGAGUCUACAGGGAACCAUAGAAUAUAACCCCAUAGCUGGUAACGAUUGUAUUACAUUUUGUGAAAUAAUAAUUUGAAAGCAUGGAAAAGUCUCAGGAAUGACUUCUCUUCGUAGCCACCAGAAUUAUGGCAUCCUGCACAUGUGAACAGAUCAGUGCUAAUAGGAAUUUAGUUGUAUCAGGCAAGAUGAGUCAUGGCAAGGCUCUCAUCCUCUUAAAAGUCUUUCAGGAAAACCUACUCUUCAAGUGCAUAUAGUCCCUGGAAAGCAGAGAAGGCCAAGCCUUUGGAGGAAACCUGAAUCUUUGACCUUGUAAGUGAAGCCAUUCCAGUCAUUCAGCAGAUGGUGAGAACCCUGCGUCUUGCCCUGGGUACCUUCCACUGCUACCUGCUCCCCCUCAGGAUCUUCUUGGACUCAUAAUGAUUUUACUUCUAGAAUUAGGUUUACACGGUGCUGUUGGUUGCAACAUCAUACAUUUCUGUUUGAAUAUCAUCAGUUUUUCUGCUUCUGUGUCUCUAUCUUGGGGUUAGCCAAUGUAAAUAACGGUUUGUGACCUUCAAUUGCUAUACUGGUUGGAGGAGGCUAUCAUAAUGAUAAAUAAACUUAAAUAAUCUGAUUUCUCAAAAUCUGAAUGCCUUGGUAUAUUGGGUUACCCUGAUACUAGGGAAUCACACAGAUAACACACUGCCAUCCCCUUGGUCCCCACCAAAAGGAAUCGAGCAGUAGAGAUUUCACAGUAUCUCAACUAUCACCCCCACCAAUAAUCACUAACAAGUGACACAGAUACCCGCCUCCAUGUCUCACAACAAAUUUUCUUGAGAUAGAAGACACUACCAGCACCAAUUACAAUUUUGAUUAAUACAGUCCUUUAAGAUGCAAAUAUAAUCUGUUGCCUUUCUUGAUCUCCUUGAUUCUACAACUUCUUUUUGAAUUAGGAGAGGCAAAGUUUAUUACACCAACAUUUUAAAGAUAAGCUAAGGCAGAAAGAGAUGAGAACUUAAAAAUUUAUUUACUGCUCACUCUGUCUCAUACAUAUUAAAGAUCCUUUUUAAGCUUUAUUUCAUUUAGUUCUAUCAUAUCUUUAUGAUGAUACAGUCAGGCAUAAUCAGGAAAUUUAAAGAUAGGGUGUCUUCUUCAUGUAUACUUCAAAUGAAAUUUUAUUUUUCAA